CCCCCGCUCCGUACUGUCACUGGCGACACUGGGACUUCCUGCCAACUUCCACCUGUACUGGCGUCAUUUUUCAGGGCAGAUGUUCAGCUGCUCUAACUUGGGCAAAAAGGAGUCGUGCCAACCAGAGGUACACUCCUCCCAGGGUCCGUGGCGGCCAGAACAGAGUGGAGGCCACUACUGUCGAGACCCUGAGAACUGGACUGGUGUCCUUCAGGGAGGACCUUCUCCAGCAAUGGCUUCCUUCUUGUUCUUACUAUUUUUGUUACUGACUCCAGCCACCGUGGCCAAUCUCAAAACUGGUGGUCCAUGUCCAGCAUGUUGGGGGGCCGCCUUCAACCUGGAGAGCCAGCGGGAGCUGCUUCUCGAUUUGGCCAAGAAAAGUAUCCUGAACAAGCUACACCUCCGCCAGCGCCCCACACUGAGUCGGCCUGUGUCCAGAGCUGCUCUGAAGACCGCACUGUGGCGCCUCCGUGCGCCUCGACAGGAAACCCCGCUCGAGCAUGACCGCACACAAGAGUAUGAGAUCAUCAGCUUUGCUGAGACAGGCCUCACCAGCAUCAACCAGACUCGCCUCGAUUUCCACUUCUCUGCUAGAACUGCCGGCAGCAUGGAGGUCCGGCAGGCCCGCCUCAUGUUCUUCGUGCAACUCCCUUCCAAUACCACCCAGACCAUGAAUAUACGAGUCCUUGUGCUAAGACCGUAUGCUACCAACCUCACCUUGACAAGUCAGUACCCGCUGCAGGUGGAUGCUAGUGGCUGGCACCAGCUUCUCCUGGGUCCCGAAGCUCAGCUUGCUUGCAGUCAGGGGCACCUUACCCUGGAACUGGUAACCGAAAGCCAGGUGGCCCACAGUUCAGUAAUCCUGGAUGGGUUUUCUCACAGACCUUUUGUGGCAGCCCGGGUAAGAGCUGGGGGCAAGCAUCGGGUUCGCCGACGAGGCAUCAACUGCCAGGGGGGGUCCAAGAUGUGCUGUCGGCAAGAGUUCUUUGUGGACUUCCGUGAGAUCGGCUGGCAUGACUGGAUCAUCCAGCCUGAAGGCUAUGCCAUGAACUUCUGCACUGGGCAGUGCCCACUACAUGUGGCAGGCAUGCCUGGCUUCUCCGCAUCCUUUCACACAGCAGUUCUCAAUCUACUCAAAGUCAACACAGCUGCCGGCACCACUGGAGGAGGCUCAUGCUGUGUGCCCACAGUUCGGCGCCCUCUGUCUUUGCUCUACUAUGACAGGGACAGUAACAUUGUCAAGACGGACAUACCUGACAUGGUGGUAGAGGCCUGUGGGUGCAGUUAGCUUAUGCAUGAUACAGCCCAAGGUAGAGCAGGCAAACAUGUCCUUACAAAGAUGGCCUUCCUCAGAAGGAGGGAGUAACUACGUUCCUGCCUCCGUCCACAAUGUAACCACCUUCUUUCUAAGUUUGCAGACUACCCUCUGUUGACUCCAGUAGAUCUACAUCUAAAGGAGUCACCACCCAUGACCACUAGUCUCUCUGUCUCUCCUGGGACAUGGUUGACCCAGACCACACCCCCAUCCUAAACCCUACUCCAGGGCUAAUCUACUGCCAACCACAAGCAACCUGGUUUUGUGUUCCCAGCAAAGACACCCCUUGUUCACCCUUAGACAAUGAUGUAAUCUACUCUACCUCCUGUCCCGCCAACUGAUGGCUCCACUCCAUGAUGACCCGCCCAAGCAUCUUUCCUCGAACUCUAUGGUGCUCCAAAGAACCCUUCCCCUGGGUUCCCAGAUUGCUGUUUUCCAAAACAAGACCCUUGCCCAAGUGUGCUAUUAAUACUGUUUGCAUAGCCUCCAGCGUUCUGUCUUCCUAAGCCUGUGGGGGCUGUCGCACCUGAGCCACUGAACCACCGAGCUCUCCUAUCCUUUGACUUCCAGAUGAAUUUGACCAAAGGGAGAUUCAGGUUGGAAACUAAAGACUAGGGGGUUACAGAAGUCACAGAAAACUCCAUCAGGCCUAAGGUCUCGCACCUCUCAUCCAAGCACUUAAGAGAGUGCUACCUAAAGGUUGAGGCCAGCUCGUUCUCGGCUAGCCUGGGCUACACUGUUAAGACCUUGUCACAAAGUAAAAGAAGGGAAAAAAGAAGAGAAUAUUUUCUGUUCCCACCCCCCCACACACUUAUUUAUAAGCCAUAGCUCUGUGUAGCUGUGGUGUGCUAUGUCUACGUGGCUCCAGGUUUUGCAUGUAGCCAUGGCUGUGCUAUGAUCACGUGCCUCCAGGUUUUGCAUGUAGCCGUGGCUGUGCUAUGAUCACGUGCCUCCAGGUUUUGCAUGUAGCCGUCGCUGUGCUAUGAUCACGUGCCUCCAGGUUUUGCAUGUAGCCGUGGCUGUGCUAUGAUCACGUGGCUCCAGGUUUUACAUGUAGCUACGGCUGUACUAUGUCCAUGUGGCUCCAGGUUUUGCAUGUAGCCAUGGCUGUGCUAUGAUCACGUGGCUCUAGGUUUUGCAUGUAGCCGUGGUUGUGCUAUGUCCACGUGGCUCCAGAUUUUGCGCCUCUGAUAUCAUUAUUCCAACACUAAAGAAUCCGGAUGGCUUGCCCUUUUUCUAGUGUCUUAAACACUCUUUUUUUUUUCAAUUUACCAUGUAGAACAGGGUUUGCCUAGAAUACACACCUGCCUUCACCACCAUGCCCAGCUUUGAGCUAACUAUGGCCCUGUAACCCCUUUCACUGAGUCCUCUUAAGAUAGUUCAAAAUAACAUGUGAUACACUUGGGGGGAACUGAAAGAAUCUGUCCCGCAUCGGGAAUAAAAUUUAUGAUGGAAA